AUGUUACCAGUAGCACCACAUAUGCAUUCAAAUUAUAACAAUUUUCACCAUUUCGGCACAGCCGGAGGAUAUCCGCCUCAUGCUCUCAGAUAUCAUCCAGAAGUAUAUCCGGCAACAUUUAGUCCUCCGCCUCCACCUCCAACUUAUAAACCAGAAAUUCAUGAAAAUCAUUCCAAUUCCUCACUAAUGAAUCACAAUCAAUUAAUGCCCUCGACAACUCUUCCUUCCGUAAGUCCUGUCCCGGUAUCAUCGCAACCUUCCCUUAGUCCAAUCACCUCACUAAAUGGGGGUAGUAAUGGUAAUGACUAUCAUAUGUCACAUCACAUGCAACAUCAUCAGAAUAAUGCUCCAAGUGCUGCAUAUCAUCAUUCUCCACCUCUUGAACAUGCUCAACAACCAAAUCAAGAAGUUUCAAAUUAUAGUAGUAGUGUUACAUCUGUUAGUAUGCCUUCCCCACCUGCAAGUAUUCCUCCAAGCUCCUCUAACUUGCGUUACGAAAUAAUUCUUGAGGCACCAACUGCGGCUGCUCAACGUAUUGAUGAAACACCUAUGACCUAUCUUAAUAAAGGUCAAUAUUACGGAAUAGUUUUACAAGAUCAAGAAAGAUUUGAUGGAGAACUUACCAGUACUGUCAAAGUCAUGUUUCAUGAUGAUGCUCACCGAAAAAUGGCAUCUACUUAUUGGAGUUUUUGGUUAACACAACAAGCGUCACCCAAGACAGCUAGAGCUAUUGAUAUUGACAAAGCUGCGUCCACUGGAAUUAAUAAUGUGGAGACAAAAACUUUUGAUCGUGUACAAUUUCGAUGGCACGGAAAGAAAGGAGCAAAGAUUUUCAUACGUUUCAAUUGCCUUUCGACGGAUUUCUCAAGGAUAAAGGGGGUUAAAGGUAUUCCCUUAAGAAUCCACGUGGAAACAAAAUACGAGAAUAGUGGAACAAGUACAAAUAUAGAAAAGUCGUUUGCUAAAGUUAAAUUAUUCAGAGAUAAGGGAGCUGAACGUAAAAACAAAGAUGAUCAAAAACAUCUUGAAAAGAUGGUUGAAAAAAUGCGAGAACCAACAUCACCAAUGAUCAUGAUGUACGCGCCUCCAAAUCCCAUGACCGUAUUUACAGAAAGUACGGGUAAUAACGAUGCUUCCGACGAUGAAGAAGUUCAAAGUCUUUCAGAGACCUUGAAUAGUCUUGAUCCGGAGGUUGAAGGUGGUGAACUUAUGACACUUCAAUUGGGAAAACGCAGAAGAUUUUCAAUGGGUCCAGAUUUUUUGGAACCUUUAGAUUGUGAUCCUACGUAUAUUCCUCAUUUACGGAAACGUCGUGCAGUGUUAUGUAUUUAUGUUAAACUACCGGGUGAAUCCGCAUAUCGUGCCGUUUAUCUCAAUCAUCUUACUGUUCAAGAUCUCAUAGCUAAACUUACUGAUAAACUCUCCGAGAAAAUUGAUCUUCAAGGGCAAUCAAUCACAAAUAUUAUUAGAUGCAGCACUAAAAGGAAUAUAACUGUUCGUUUUGAUGACGAAUCUGUUCAUCAAAUUGAAGAUGAACAAGAUAUGGAAGUCGAAGUCCAGGGUGGACAAGACGGAACGCUGCAUUUAACAUUAAAAUAUUAA